AGAGUUUAAAUAUACAGCAGCUUUGUGAACUCACCACACUAACACACAACAGUCCUUUGUCGGCUUCUUGCAUUGUGGCACAGUUAAGCUACAACUGCAGGGAUUAAAUGGAAGCACAUGAUGAUUCAACCCCGUGAUUUCUCAGAGAGUUGGGUCACGUACCCAAUCAUUUCCUCUCCUUUUCUUGUCCUUUUCUUCUUUCUUUCCUGACACCGUAGCCCACUUCUUUCUCUCCAUCUCUCCCACUCUCUUUCUCUCUCUCUCCCCCACUCUCCCUCUCUCCUCCAGUCCAGCCAUGGCAUCCCCUCGUCUGGAGACCUUCUGCUGCCCGAACCGGGACGCAGCGACUGGGUUUGUGGUCACCUUCCAGCCCGUCCUGUUCGGGGCGCUGAGUUUGGGAAGCGCUGCUCUGAGCCUCGUGUUUGCUGUUUUACAGCUUCUGCCAAAACGCAAGGGGUACAGAAGACUCGGACAGUACCCGCUGCCCAGGCCCGCGUCCUCCUCCCGGAUAUUGUUCAUCAUCAGUAUAUGUGACAUACUGGGAUGCGCAGGUAUCAUUGUAAGGUCUUCUGUCUGGCUGGGCCUGCCAGAUCUCAGUGAACGCAUCUCAGUGGCCAACAGCACUGAAGUCUGGCCGGAGGUCUUCUGUGUCAGCAGUGCGAUGUGGAUCCAGUUGUUUUUCAGUGCCUCUUUUUGGUGGACCUUUUGUUAUGCUGUUGAUGUCUUCCUGGUGGUGAAAACAUCUGCAGGAAUCAGCACCAUUAUCCUCUACCACAUGAUUACGUGGGGUCUGGCUGUGCUUUUGUGCAUCGAAGGAGUGGCCAUGCUCUACUACCCAUCCAUCUCCGAUUGCGAGCAAGGCCUCCAGCACGCCAUCCCCCACUACGUCACCACGUACGCGCCAAUGCUGCUCGUCCUCGUGGCCAAUCCUGUCUUCUUUAAUCGGACCAUAUCUGCAGUGACAUCUUUACUGAAAGGACGACAAGGAAUCUAUACAGAAAAUGAGAGACGGCUGGCCAAUGAGAUAAAAAUACGCUUCUUUAAAAUCAUGCUGGUGUUCUUUAUUUGCUGGCUUCCCAACAUCAUCAAUGAGAGCCUCCUCUUCUACCUGGAGAUGCAGACAGACAUCAACGACAGCGGUUUCAGGGAUAUCAGAAACGCAGCCCUCAUCACAUGGUUUAUCAUGGGUAUCCUGAACCCCAUGCAAGCCUUCCUUAACACUCUGGCGUUUCACGGCUGGACAGGCUUCGAUGUCGACCUGAGCCUUCAGCGGAGGAGGGAGCUGGCCUGGGACUCGGUUUCCACUUCAGUGCCUAACGCAGCAGGCCAUAAUCCCAUGGUGGGGUCCACUCUGCUCUACCAGAGUCAUGUCCAAGAAGCCAAGAAGAACACGAUGGGCAACGGACAGCAGCACUCAGACGGCAUCAGUGUCCUCUCAGAAGGUUCAGAGUCUAGUACAGUUGAAAUCCACAUUUCCAGCGAGCUACGAGACUAUGAGGAUGUAGACGCUGAUGGGGAAUCCUUGGAGAACUCUGUGAGGCACUAGCUGGGGUGAUCAACAACCCACCUCCCUCUACUUUUCCUGUGUGACAUUGUUCUUCUUAGUUCCUUUUGUUUUAGUUUGUCUACUCUUAGACGCUAUUGUCUCGUUGAUAUUUUACAAGAUAUUAACCAGUCAUGAGAUUUCAUUAGUUGCUAAGACAGAAUAAGUCUAAUUCCUGUUUCAAAGCCUUUUAUUUGUUCCUAAGCUUUUUAAAUCUGUCUGCAGUACAGUGUAAUGAUAAAUCAGCCAUACAGCAGCUGAACGGCGGCCCCAAAGCUACUGCGCACUGUCUCCUGUAGCAGUCAGCCAGCUGAACAAACACGACAUUUUCUUACAAACAGUUCAGAGGCUGACUUUUUAAAGUGCCUUAAGUAAAGAUUUCUCCCAGCAAAAUCAUUAAAUUAGAUGCUGGUGUUCUCGUAUUCAGUCUUGCCAAUAAGCUCCCAAAGCACAACUGAAUGUUUUGUAAAGUUAGUGUAUUUCCAACUGUCUGUCUUGUAUUUUUGCACACAUCUAUUUUAUACCAUAUUAAAUAUCCAAAAUAUUUCUUACAAGUUUUGCUGGUGACACUUUUUGAGUGGCUGCUGAGGACUGCAUAGCAAUUUUGAACAAAAUGUUCCUGAACGACACUCAAUUCAA